AUGGAUGACAAACAUGAUCAAACCGUUGCAAUGCUCAAUGAUGAAAAUCGUCCACCAAGAACGAGAGUAGUUGAUAAUCGAGCACCAUUAGCAAGAUGUUGUUCAUGUUUUGCUGGGGCUCUUUCUGAUAAUCUACUUCUUACAUUGACCAUUGCCGGUGUCUUUUUGGGUUUAAUAUUGGGUUUUGUUGCUCGUACUUGGGAACCUUCCACCGAAACGAUUAUGAUUCUGUCAUUUCCCGGUGACAUUCUUAUGCGUAUGCUCAAAAUGCUUAUUCUACCACUUAUUACAUCCAGUCUUAUCACUGGCUUAGCUGUUCUUGAUCCAAAAUCAAGUGGCAAAUUAGGUUUAUAUGCAUUAACAUAUUACUUUGUUACAACUGUACUUGCUGCUAUACUUGGAAUUGUAUUAGUACAAGUUAUUAGACCAGGUGAAAGAGGUAAUAGAGACCUAAUCAACAUGGAAGCUAGGGGCGAUGAUCCAGUGGCCGAUCAAGUUACAACACUUGAUGCUAUCUUUGAUUUAUUUCGUAAUAUGUUUGCUGAAAAUAUCAUUCAAGCAGGACUUGAACAAGUUAAAACAACACGAAUAAACGAAGUUGUUUUUAAUAAUAUCACCCAUACAAACAUAACAAAAGUUAAAUUCGCUACACGUUACGUUGCUGGUACCAAUUUCUUGGGUUUAAUUACAUUCUGUUGUGCAUUCGGUAUUACAAUUGGCACUAUGGGUAAACGUGGAGAACCAAUGUUACAUUUUUUUCUCAUCUUAAAUGAAAUUGUUAUGAAAUUAAUUAAACUUGUCAUGUGGUAUUCACCAUUUGGUAUUAUGUUUCUAGUUGCUGGAAAAGUUUUAGAAAUUGAAGAUCUACUUAAACUAGCUCAACGUUUAGGAUUAUAUGCAUUAACUGUAUUAACAGGUUUAGGUAUACAUGCAUUGGUUACAUUACCAUUAAUAUAUUAUUCAGUUACACGUAAAAACCCGUUUGCAUUCUACAGAGGUAUGCUUCAGGCUUGGUUAACUGGUAUUGGUACAGGUUCUAGUGCUGCAUCGUUACCUGUAACAUUUCGAUGUUUGGAAGAAACAUUGAAAUUAGAUAAACGUGUAACACGAUUUGUUUUACCAAUUGGAGCAACAGUCAAUAUGGAUGGUACGGCUUUAUACGAAGCAGUUGCUCCGGUUUUUCUUGCCCAACUUAUGGGAAGACAAUUAGGUAUUGGUCAAUUGAUUAUUGUUAGUUUAACAGCAACAGUCGCUUCAGUUGGAGCUGCAUCAAUUCCAUCCGCAGGUCUAGUUACAAUGCUUUUAGUUAUGUCAGCUGUGAAUAUUCCUGCAAAAGAAAUAACAAUUAUUUUUGCUAUUGAUUGGGCUUUAGAUCGAAUUCGUACAUCGGUUAAUAUAUUGGGUGAUGGUAUUGGAGCUGGUAUUGUUGAUCAUCUUGUUCGUGCCGACUUAGGACCAACUGAUCUUGAAGAAGGUGAAAAUACAAAUGCACCAAUCAAAGCUCGAACAGCAUCAGAACUUAGUGGUGAACGACGAAUACAUAGUCGCGAUGAUUUCAAUGAAACAUCGAAACUUUAA